GCGCCAGGGACGCUGGGUUAGUCUGGUUUCGGGUUCCGGCUGCGUCGGGCGUGCGUGCAGCUCGCGGGAGACGAUGGCGUCCGGGCCUCACCCGACCUCCGCCGCCGCGGCCGCCGCCGCCGCCGCCGCCUCGUCGUCCGCCCCGAGCGCGGGCGGCUCCAGCUCGGGCACGGCGACCACGACCGCGACGACGGGGGGGAUCCUGAUCGGCGACCGCCUCUACUCGGAAGUUUCGCUCACCAUCGACCACUCGCUGAUCCCGGAGGAGCGGCUGUCGCCCACCCCGUCCAUGCAGGACGGGCUGGACCUGCCCAGCGAGACGGACCUGCGCAUCCUGGGCUGCGAGCUCAUCCAGGCCGCCGGCAUCCUCCUCCGGCUACCGCAGGUGGCGAUGGCGACGGGACAGGUGUUGUUCCACCGCUUCUUCUACUCCAAGUCCUUCGUCAAGCACAGUUUCGAGAUUGUUGCCAUGGCCUGUAUUAAUCUUGCAUCCAAAAUCGAAGAAGCUCCGAGGAGGAUAAGAGAUGUGAUUAAUGUAUUCCACCACCUCCGCCAGUUAAGAGGAAAAAGGACUCCAAGCCCUCUGGUCCUUGACCAGAACUACAUUAACACCAAAAACCAAGUUAUCAAGGCGGAGCGGCGGGUGCUGAAGGAGCUGGGCUUCUGUGUCCACGUCAAGCACCCCCACAAGAUCAUUGUUAUGUAUUUACAAGUCUUAGAAUGUGAACGUAAUCAAACCCUCGUUCAGACUGCCUGGGUAGUCCCUGAUGGUAAGUCAUAGAGCUCUGCCCUCUGCACUUCAGCCCAUGACCUCAGGAUGGCCUGAUUGGCUGCCCUGCUCUCCAGCCAAUCCAGUGCAAGCUCUCAUCCGAGAUUCACUGAAGUGGUCCAUAUCCAUCUGGCAGCAUCUUCUAGUUCUGUCGGGGUGUCCAAAGGAUUUGUAUAUUUGCUUCUAGAAGUAACUAUUCAACAUGCCUGUGUAUUUCAUGUAUACCUGUAACUAUCAACAUGAAUAGUUCACUUUUGAUACUGUCCAGCCAUUAUGCAUUUAGAAUUGUUUUUUGUUUUUUAAUUCGAGGUUUGACUAAACUUCUCCUUGGGUGUGUAUCGCACGAACGCUUCCAAAGAGGCUACAGCCUGCAGCCUUAAGUGGGCAGUGGUCCCCCUUUGGGGUUGAUUUGCAGAUGCUGGGCUGUCGUGAGCAAUAACAAUUAUUAAUAGGACGACUUCAUUUCUAGAAAGAGAAGUUAAUAUUACCUGACUGCUGUUAACUUGGACCUUUGCUAUUCAGGUACAUAAUUGACAGAUGGACUGUCUACGUGCAGUCAAGCAAGGAGAUGUGGUUCACCCACACCUCUUUGACAAGACAGUUGAUGUGCAAGAUGAGUGACUAUAUUUUAUGUUCUGGACUUUCUCAGCAAGAUACAUACCUUUUAUGACAUAGGACCGUACUUUUGAAUCCAGUAAAAUACUAUCAUUAGAAUAGUUUCAUUGUUUUAUAAAUAAAUGUGUUAUUUUUUUUAAAAAAUGUGUUCAAUGAAACAUUUUGUUUUAUGGGUAUAAGAAUUUUAAAGAAAUACUCCAUUUAAUUUAAUUUUAAACAACUUGUAGUAAAGUUGUGGAGAGGGUGGGCUAAGAUUGCAGCAGUUGACUGCUUUUGUUGACAAAAAGAAAGGUAUGUAAACUAGGCCAUUUAUUUUUACUUCUGUUCUUUUCUUUUCCUACCUAGGAUUUUUGAAGUAUUUUUAAAUUAAAAUUUAAUGUAAAUUGGUGGAUUCUUGCUUAAAAUGCCUUUUUACCCCUGUCACAGUGUUUUGAAUUUUUGAAAGAACUUGGUUGACACUGCUUUUACAUUGUGGAUAAAGGAGAGAUGGUCAAUAAUUAAUGGCUUGAAGUAUUGUUGGAGUGGUUUAUGUCAUUAUUAAUGAAUCUUAUGUUAUUAAUGAAAAGUCAUUUGGCUUUUAGAACAUUAAGAGAAAGUCUUAAGGGUAAGUUUCAUUUGGGCAGUAAUAAAAAUAAUAGCUUUGGUUCUGCGUAAACAGAUUCAUAAAAGAAAGGCCUUUGUAUGAAGUUAUUGUUGAUUUUU